AUGGGAGAUGGUGUGGUGAUCAGAGAUUCAAAUAGCAGUGUACAAGCAGUCUUGACAUUCUAUAAGGAUCAUAUCUCAUCAGCUCUCCAAACCAAAAGGAUGGCCCUCCUCAGAGCUAUGGAAUUGUGUUCUGAACUUGGUUUUAACCAAAUCUGUUUUGAAGGGGAUGCUAAGCUUGUUGUUGAUGCAGUUAACACCAAACAAGUAGAUAACUCAUGGUUGGGCCAAUUGACAGAGGAUAUACAACAAAUAAUAAAGUACAAUCAAGCAUGCUGUCUUAAUUUUGCUUACAGAUCAGAAAACAAAGCUGCCUAUACAGUAGCAAAACUGGCUAUUAGGAAUGAUAAGGAAACCAUCUGGCUAGAGGAGGGUCCUCUAGAGGUUUUAAACAUAGUUCAAGGGGACUCUUUCAUGUAUGAUAUAAUCGUUUCUUGA